AUGUCUUAUUGUUUUGUUCAAAGGCUCCCCCAGGAUUUUGGCGCCACAGUGUCAGCCUUUCUCAGCUCUCAAACACACUCCCCCAGUUUCCGUGCCGUGGUUGUUCCGGUGUAUAUUCCAUCCAAUUCACUAGUGUUCCAUUGUCUUGUUUCCCUCUACAAGCAACAUACCCCACUAGUGUAUCCCUUCCAAAGACUUUCAUUUCAGAGUGUUCCGUGUGAUAGCUCUCUCAUAACAUCACCAAGCUCCACUUGA